AUGCACUCUAUCCUCCGAUCUUCUGGAUCUUCUUGGUUAACCUCUCUUGUCUGUGCGCCUGCAUCUACACAUGCCACGGUUUCCGCAUCGCUCAUUUCGCCCAAAGUACAUUUGUUUGUCAAUGGCGAGUUUGUCCAGUCACGCACGCACGACUGGCUUCCUGUACACAAUCCGGCAACCAAUGAAUUGGUGUGUCAGGUUCCUAAGGCAACCGCCGAAGAGAUGAAUGCUGCUGUGCAAGCUGCGAAGGAUGCGUUCAAAGCAUGGUCCCAGACGACUGUGCUCACGAGGCAACAAAUCCUGCUGCGGUUCCAGCAACUGAUCAAAGAAAAUAUGUCCGAUUUGGCAUCUAUCAUCACAGCGGAGCAAGGGAAAACGCUUCCGGACGCUGAAGGGGAUGUGGCACGUGGUCUCCAGGUGGUCGAACAUUGUUGCAGCGUUCCAUCUUUGCAAUUAGGGGAAACAUUGGCCAACAUUUCCAGAGAUAUGGAUUUGCACAGCUAUCGAGUCCCACUUGGCGUGACUGCUGGCAUCACUCCGUUUAACUUUCCCGCAAUGAUACCUUUGUGGAUGUUUCCAGUUUCGAUCGCUUGUGGAAACACCAUGGUCCUCAAGCCUUCGGAGCGUGACCCGUCCACAGUGAUGCUGUUGAUGAAGCUGUUGCAGCAAGCAGGCCUUCCGGCUGGUGUGGUCAACGUUAUUCACGGUGCAGAGGAGGCAGUUCAAUUUAUAUGCAAACAUCCAGACAUUCGAGCGAUUUCCUUCGUUGGUUCGGAUGCAGCCGGACGGUAUAUUUACGAGACAGGAUGCCAGCAUGGCAAACGCGUCCAGUGCAAUAUGGGUGCUAAAAAUCACGGAGUCAUUUUACCAGAUGCCGCUCGUUCAAACACCCUAACUCAGUUGGUCGGCGCUGCUUUUGGUGCCGCUGGUCAACGGUGUAUGGCUCUCUCAACGGCAGUGUUUGUUGGUUCAGCGCGGGACUGGUUGCCGGAACUGGUUCAGCGAACCAAAAAGCUCCGUGUAAAUGCCGGCACAGAACCUGGUACAGAUCUGGGUCCAGUUAUCAGUCCGCAGGCCAAACAACGCAUCCAUGAUUUGAUUGAGUCCGGUGUACAGGAGGGUGCUCAACUCAUACUUGACGGACGGAACAUUCGAGUGGAGGGAUACGAGCGUGGUAACUUUGUGGGCCCCACCAUUCUGACCAACGUCAAGCCCCAGAUGCGUUGCUAUAAGGAGGAGAUUUUCGGUCCGGUGCUUUUGUGCAUCGAGGUCGAUGAUCUCGACGAAGCUAUUGAUCUGAUCAACCAGAACCCCUACGGGAAUGGAACAGCAAUAUUCACCACGAAUGGAGCUGCAGCUCGCAAAUUUACUCAUUCCAUCAACGUGGGCCAGGUCGGAAUAAACGUGCCCAUUCCCGUUCCUCUACCUAUGUUUUCCUUUACCGGGUCACGUGGUUCGUUCUUGGGCGAUACAAAUUUCUACGGGAAAUCGGGUUUUCACUUCUACACUCAAGUGAAGACGGUCACUCAGUUGUGGCUAUCAGAAACCGUCAAAUCAACCGAAUCGGCGACAGCAAUGCCUGUCAUGAAAUAGCUUUUUUCUCUCCUUUUUCAAACUACUUUCUCCCUUGCUUCUCAGCUUUGUGCCUCAUCUCUUUUGACUAACAUGUUGCUUGAUUUUGUACUCAUUAUUUUUCUACUGGUCGUUGUUUAAUUUUAAAUUGAUUACUGCGUGAUCUGUUCAUUUUGUGGCAUAUUUUUCCCAGUAUCCGUGUAGUGGUUUUUACGCUGGUCAAGACCUCGAGACCUUUCUGGAGAGAAAGUCUGUUUGGCUGAAACAAAGUAGCAUCAAAAGACGCUAAGAAACGCAUCAGUUGAGCAUCUUGUCAACGUAUCACACUGUAGACUCAGAAUUGGCUUUCUGGGUCGUCUGUUUUGGCCUGCAUUCUAGAGCCUUUCGAUUGUGAUUCUCGGCAACAGGUGAGACCACCAAAAUUAGUCUGCCAGACCCGAUUUUAUGCUAACAAGAGCAAUCCGUUCAGAAAUUCAGACUGCCUUGCCC